CGUGUAACCAGGUCGGAUCCAAGAUGGCGGACGAUGAAAAUCAUGAUGAUCCAGCUCGUAAUAGRCAUCGGCAAAGGCGUGGCCUUCUUAAGAUGUACUAUGGAGUCGGCGAAGAGACAGGGAAACCCACAUCCAUUGACCCAUGCGACAUCAAUGGGGCUCACUUCCAACCUGAGACAUACUUAGACAAGACAUUCAAAGAAAAAACACUUACUGAGCUUAUGGAUAAAGAAGGGGACAUAUCCAAGCAGAUCAAGGCUUUAGACAGCGAUAUGCAGACAUUGGUCUACGAAAACUAUAAUAAGUUCAUCAGUGCGACAGAUACCAUAAGAAAGAUGAAACAUGAUUUCAAGAAAAUGGAAGAAGAGAUGACUGAGCUUGAAAARAACAUGUCUGCCAUCACAGACUUCAGUGAGAAGAUAAGCAGCACCUUACAAGACAAACGGCAACAAAUUACAAAAUUAUCUGGUGUCCAUACAUUACUAACUAAGCUUCAGUUUCUGUUUGAAUUACCAUCCAGAUUAAAGAAAUGUGUAGAAAUGAAACAAUAUGGACUGGCUGUCAGGUAUUACACAAAAGCCAGRGAUGUCUUACACCAAUACAGUCAUAUGCCAUCAUUUCAAGGSAUCCAUCAAGAUUGUGAUGAAAUAGUCAAAGAACUCAUAACAAGACUAAGAGAGCAACUGAGAAAUCCUAAGUCAACUCCCAAGCAGUUAGCAGAGUGUGUGGACUUGUUGCUACAACUUCAUGAGCCAGCAGACGAACUGUGUGAUGAAUUCAUUACCCAAGCAAGGGAAAGAUUGGAUGAAAAUAUAAGARUCCUUGAAGCUCAAGUUGAAUUUAAAAAGCAAGAAUUACAGCCUGUUGAGGCAUCAGAAUGUGAUAGUACACAGGAAGAAUCCAAACAUCAAAGACCAAUGGAUUUUCUGGAGUUCAUUGACUGUGGGUGCAAUGGCUUCCUAAGCACUGUGUGCUUGGUAAUCGCUUCUUAUAAGGAGCAGUUUGUAGAAAGACAAAUUGGAGAUCAUGUGACAGAUCCAGAAGAGUUAGAACGAGUGGUAUCUAAGAAGCUGUCCAGUUUCAUGCAGACGUUGAUGGGCCAGUACUUCAAAAUCACAGAAGCAAGAAUUGAACUCGAGACCGAUACUGGUAAUAACGUYCUCCUGGUGCGCGCACUAGAUCGGUUUCAUCGUCGUCUUCAGGCGGUUCAUAAGCUUCUUCCAGAUAUUGGUUCUGGCAGGUCGGGAGCAAACAUCAUUGCACGGGCUGCACACAACCGAGUAAUAUUUUACACUCAAAGCCUACGACAGCAAUUUGCAGUUUGUCUGACAGACACUCGUCAAGCGUUAGCUGCGUUACCCCGACAGACAGGCAAAGAUAAAAGUCACGCACUCUCCGAUCUUCUUACACAAACCAGUAACGCAAUCCUGGAUCAAAUCAAGACUGUACUCAACUAUCUCAAGGCAUUUAUAGGUCCUGAUAUCACUUUUUCCGUCAAGCCGUAUUUUCGUGGUCCGUUCUGUGCUGACGAUGUACGAGARGGUUUGGUAGUAGAUUUCUUGAAACACGUGCUAGAAACUGCCAAGGACUUUUGCAACAAAGUGAGUUCACCUCCUCCAGCAUUGGUUCUCCUUUUGUCAAGACUCUGUACUGAUUUCCAUGAGUCCACCAUCACUUAUGUGCUAAGUCUGACGGAUGAACAGUUUCCAGUAGACGAAGAGCUUCGUCGGGGAUGCGUGCGGACACCAGUCUCAGAGCUUGUGUCUGAAGCCAGAUCAAUAGCACAGGAUUUACUAAAUCAUUAUGUGAAGAUCCAAGGAUUAGUCAUAUCCCAGAUGAUUAGAAAGAGUGUAGAGACACGGGACUGGAUCAAUACUAUUGAACCACGUAAUGUGCGAGCCGUGAUGAAGCGGAUUGUUGAAGAUGUGACGGCGAUCGAUACUCAAGUAGGGCAGCUGUAUGAAGAAGGGGCGAGGAAGGCUCACAGCUCAGAUUCAAGUAAAUUUGCUUACUCAUUAUCAAGCCAAGCAAAGCCAAGCCGGUCUCAGUUUAGCUACACUCCAAGUACUGGCUUUGAUUCAAGUCUUCUCAGUAACAUCCAGAAACUUUUCUCAGAGAAAAUCGAGAUAUUUAGUCCAGUAGAAUUUUCUAAAGUUUCUGUUCUCACAGGGRUUGUGAAAAUAGCACUAAAGACUCUCCUGGAGUGCGUCAGACUGCGUACCUUUGGUAAAUAUGGUCUACAGCAGAUUCAAGUAGAUACACAUUAUCUACAGCUUUAUCUUUGGCGGUUUGUAUCAGACGAAAAUCUCGUUCAUGUGUUAUUGGAUGAGGUGGUGAACAGUGCUGUCAAUCGAAGUGUGGAAUCUGAACUAAUGGAAUCUAGUAUUGUAGAUGUUAUAUGUGAUCGGGGUUAAACAAAGAAAUGAUACUCAAGGAACCACACAUGGUCUGAAAUGGGAAAACAUUAUACCCAAGYUGAAAGGGUCUAACUYGGUUAAYAUGGUAGAGGGUUGUCAAUUUAUGAUUAUAUGACUACUUUGUUCCGACUGUUUUUCUUCCUGGAAAUAAAWAGGAAUAGAAUAGAGGACAUGACCUUAGGACAACUGUGCCAGCAUGUGUCACCAUCAAGGCUGACUGCCUUGCAUACUACAGUACGCAUGAAAAAGACUGAUUGCAUCAUUAUGUCACAAUACCAUUGACAACAAAAGAUGYUUUGCAUCAUCACGUGAUGGCAGCCAUAACAGGAGGCAUGACAAUAGAGUAUUUUUCUUCCAGAAAACUGAAUUCUUUCUCACUUAAAUCAGAUUAGACCAGRUUUGAUUGUUCUUGCCUCCUGUCAUGGCUGYCACCACGUGAAGGUGCAAAGCCUAUUUAGAUUGGAGUAACAUUGAUGAUCAAAGAAAAUACUCAACUGUCAAAUGUUGGUUAUUAGUUUAUUAAAAGACUUUAAAGAUGCCAUUCUUUUCGAUGUUGCACAGUUGAGCCGAGUUUUUAAAAACAAAAGAAGCGAAGCAAUUGA